AUGGGUGACAUGAUACAUUGUUUUCAAAUAAAUGGAAAAUUUUGGUAUAUGUUAGGCAUACAUCCGAAACCUAAAAAUACAUUUCAUUUUAUAUAUUCCACUGCGUUUGUGAUUGUUUUUAUAAUUAUAUACGACUUUUUAUUUUCAAUCAAUUUCUUUUUCAUGCCAAAUCAGCUAGAUUUGUUUAUUGAAGAACUUAUUUUGUAUUUUACAACAGUUGGUGUUGUGUCGAAAGUCUUAACAUUCGUUUUUAUGAGAGAAAAAAUUAUCCAACUACUCAGUAUAUUGAAAAGUGACUUAUUUCAACCAGAGAACGAGGAGGAACACCACAUUUUAUAUAAAGCGAAUAAAUUUAAUGUCACCUAUUGGAGAAUAGUUGCCGUGGUAUCCUUUACAUCUAAUAUAACUCAUGUCACAUCACCGUUGCUAUUACAUUUGAUUUUUGGCGCUCCACUCUCCCCCCCCGUAUGUAGCUACUCAUUUUUACCAGAGAAUACCACCCAUACAUUUAUUUAUCCCAUAUAUUUCUACCAGAGCAUCGGCAUACAUUUUCAUAUGUUGAACAAUGUAAAUGUCGAUACAUUUAUUCUCGGUCUUAUGAUUCUCGUGAUGGCCCAAUUGGAUAUUCUAGCUGUGAAGUUGAAAAAUGUUACGAAUAUGCCAUCUGCGAUCAACCAUGAUCGAUCCCAGUGUACAGACGCUGACAGAAAUUUAAUCCUGAAAUUGAAUAGUUCUUUAGAGCGAUACAACAAAGUUGCAAAGUUUUGUGAACUGAUAGAAGAAGUAUUUAGUGUAUCUUUAUUCGUCCAAUUCAGCAUUGCAUCUGCUGUUAUUUGUGUAUGCUUAUUUCGUUUCACGUUGCCUUCCACUUGGCAAUAUUACAUAUUUCUCGGAACAUAUAUAUUCAUAAUGAUUAUACAAAUCCUAGUUCCAUCCUGGUUUGGAACUCGAAUUAUGGAUAAGAGUUGUUUUCUUUCCCAAGCCAUAUACAGCUCAGAUUGGACACCUCAACCUGGUGCCUAUAAAAGAAACAUGAGAAUUUUCGUGGAGAGGGCGAGUAGGCCACUUUCCAUAACUGGUUUGAAGAUGUUUCCGAUGUCUCUUAGUACAUUUACAUCAAUAAUAAAUACUGCUUACUCCUUCUUUACAUUGCUACGAAAUAUGGAGUAG